AACCGACAGAUGGCGCAGCCUCUGGGGGAGGGGUUGGGUUUUGUCGACGUUUCAGUUACAGAAGAAGAAGUUUGUCAGUCGCCCAAUCUCCCCGCUGGACCUCAGCAAGGUGUCUCCCCGUUCCCUGCCGUCAGACGCGGCGAGUCUGCCCCCGAAGAAACGCACUCCGCCGCCGGGCCAUUUGACCAAACUUCUCUCGGUGAUACCAGCUGCCCUAUUUUCUCGCCAUGGCGACGAGUGCGAAGCGAAAGCAGGAGGAGACUCACCUAAAGAUGCUUCGGGAAAUGACUAGCCUGCCUGCGAAUAGGAAAUGCUUCGACUGUGACCAGCGCGGCCCGACUUACGUCAACAUGACAGUGGGCUCCUUCGUCUGCACCACCUGCUCUGGGAUCCUGCGAGGACUGAACCCCCCCCACAGAGUGAAGUCCAUCUCUAUGACCACGUUCACACAACAGGAAAUAGAGUUCCUACAGAAACACGGCAACGAGGUCUGUAAACACAUCUGGCUGGGCCUUUACGACGACAGGACAUCAGUUGUUCCAGAUUUCCGAGAACCGCAGAAAGUAAAGGAGUUUCUUCAGGAAAAGUAUGAGAAGAAAAGAUGGUAUGUUCCUCCAGACCAGGCGAAGGCGGUAGCGAGCGUUCAGGGCUCGGUGUCGGGCUCGUCGGCGAGCAGCACCGGCAGCACCCCGGAGGUUCAGCCCCUGAAAACCCUGCAGCUCAACAAAACGCCACUACGCCAGUCCCCAGGGCUCAGCCGCCCACAGGCCCACAGCACCGCCCAGGAGAAGAAGUUCGACCUGCUCUCGGAUCUGGGCGGAGAUAUUUUCGCCGCUCCUCCUACUCAAGCUGGCCCCCCCUCCACCAACUUUGCCAAUUUUGCACAUUUUCCAAGCCAGUCGGCACCUCAGGGUAAUUCAAACACCAACUUUGCCAACUUUGAAGCAUUUGGAAACACUGCAAUUUCAUCCCAUCUGAGCACAUCACCUCCCUCAUCAGGUGGAGGUGUGCCAAUUCCCUCCAGAUCCAGUGCCGUUUCAGCUCAUUCCCAGGCAGCGAGGUGCACAGAGGACCGCUACGCUGCGCUGGCCGAGCUGGACAGUGAGCUGAGCUCGUCUGUCACCGCAGGCAGCAACAUGCAGGGGGCCAUGUUUGGACCUGUCCUUGGUUCCUCGCCAGCUCAGAACCAACCUGUGAUGGCCAACAUGCAGCCCGGCUUUGGAGCGGUGCCAUCCACAAAUCCCUUCGUUGCCGCAGCGAUAGCCCCCGACAUGGCCUCCAACCCCUUCCAGGCCAACGGUAGAGGUCCAGCCGCAGCCUCGUUUGGUACUGGCUCUAUGAGCAUGCCCGCCGGCUUUGGGAAUGCGUCUUCCUACUGCCUUCCGACCAGUUUCAGCGGAAACUUCCAGCAGCAAUUCCCCGGCCAGGCCCCCAUUCCUUACUCCCAGCCUGGGGCCUACCACCCUCAGUCUAAUGGGCCCGCCUUUCCAGUCUACAGUCAGAACAAGCCCUCUAUUACGCCCUUUGGGCAGCCCAUGGCUGUUCCUGGCAUGACCAGUAACCCAUUUAUGGCCGGAGCGCCAGCGGGGCCGUUCCCCUCUGGAGGUUCAUCCACCAACCCUUUCCUGUAGCACAACUCCUGGCUUCGGCCACCAGAGGGCAGCAUGCAGCACAUACUGAACGCACCUGUUCCGUCACGCAACUAGUGACAGUACAUUUCUUAAGAAAAGACUUAUCUAUUUUUUUCUCCAUGAAAGAAGUUUACAACACUAUGAAGGAGUACAAAGGAAUAUAUUUAGGACUAAGGGACAGUUAUGGGGGAAAUGUACUGUCUGGACUAUAUUCCAUUAUUGUAUGCUUUUUAUUUUUAAUAUUUUUUUCCGUUCUAACUGUAAGCUUUGUGCAUAUCACUAUUUGUAAUCACACACAAGUACAUGUAAUGUAUAAUAAGGACUGAACUAACAAGGAUGCGUAACCACAAACCUUGUGUUUAAAAACGACAACAAAAAAAAACAAAGAAAAAGGGAAGAAAAUCACUUCAAACUAAUAGAUAGGUAACAGUUUACAUUUUAACAGGGUUCCAUCCAAAUCCGCAUUUUUGGUAGAGUGAAGCAGUCAUAAAAUAGUUUUUUGUUUUUUCAUGUUCAAAAAAGGGAUUUGUUAUUUUCUUGUUCAUUUAAGAACUCUUCUUUUCGCACCAGGUUUCCUGUAUUAAGCCAUGUUUCCGUUACUGCGAUUCUUGAAAUAUAAAAGUAGGCUUUAGUCUGAUAGAUAGGACUUUUAAAAAAUAAAAUAAUAUGUAACCUUCAGAGCAGGUUCAUGUAAUUUGGCAUUGAUCUGAGACAAUAGGCCAACAUUUAAUGAUUGUCGAUUAGGCAUGGACCGGUGUGAGACUGUCACCAUAUGAAAUUAAGUUUUAAAAAAAAAAACGUUUUGCUGUAUUUACACAAAUUAAUGAGCUAAUUAAGUCAUAUUUCACCUGAAAAGUAAUUCCUACAAUUGCUACAUAUUGGUUUCGACAGAAAUAGGAAUAUUUAUGAUGGUCCCACAGGGACUAAAGCAGAAAUAUAUAGUAAAUACCUGUUAAAUUUAGUCAUUAAGUGCUUAUUAGCUGACCUGCUAAGGUAGUGGAUGCUUACCAGAGGAGAUUCAUAGCUCGCCAACUGUAGGUUUAAAACAGCGUUGCCCUCAGGAUGGGUGGUUCUGUCUUUGUCUUCACACAAAUAUUUCCAAACAGCUAAGCUAGUCUUUCUGUUCAGCAACCAGUUGGGGCAGGGCGUCUUACUGAAGGCCCCAGGCCCUUGCCUGUUGGCAGUGCACAGCAACUUUACUAUGUAGAUUAUGAGGCAGACAGGAGUCUGUCAUGUUUUACUCACAGGUAAAGGAACAGACACGGCUCUUAGAGCAGAAACAGAUGAGAACCAAGUAAAGGUUAUGUGUUAGUCGGAUUUCUUUGUUAUUUUACCUAAGCUGAUACGUCCUUGUUAAAGUUGGUAAGUAUACUCUUGUAACUUGGGGAUCAUAAUUCAGAUAUUCUCUAUAUUCUAUGAAUAAAAACAGCAGAAAGAGACUGUUAUUGAAGGCCUCAGGCUUGUGAUCCGGUUUGGGCUACCUCAGAACACAUGAAGUCAGGAUCCCACGGUUUUGUUGGGGCUUGUACUUUAAAAGCAGAACAUCCUCAGCAUUUGACUGACUAAACAUCUGAGAGAUCGGGGUUGUGUUCACUGUCCUCUUUUUGAAUCUGUCCUCUUUGCCUUCGUUUUUAAAGCAUCAGAUCAGACAAGCAAAAUGCAGGGAGAAGAAGGUUUGUUUAGAUUGUUUAGGUUUGUUUGAGGCAAAGUUUCAGGACUGCAUACAUCACUGGACCAGCCCCCUGACUGUGGACAAUUUGGGUUUCAGUUAUGUUUU